AGCACAAAACAACAAAAUUAGCAGACACGCUCCCUGGCCAUAACGAGUUUACAGUCUAGAGGGGGAGACUGAUACAGAGGCCCCCAGUGAGACAGUGGAAAGACUAGGCAGGAAUCAGCCCCGCACGCCCUGCCUCCAGGGCUGUGUAUGGUGGAAGAUGCCCACCGAGUCUGCUCGCCAGCCUGGGCCCCUGGGGGAAGAGCUUGGAGCGGUUGGGCAAAACCCAGAGUCUGUCCUUCCCCAGUCUGCCACUCACGCUAACUCUUGCUUUCCUGUGUGCACACGGUCAUGCAGACACACAGCCGACACAGUCACGUAGACGCACUUGUGCAGACGCGCGCCCGACAAACACUCUCAUCUGGCCAUUUCGACUCUGGGCCGGCGGCGGUGGAGAAUGAGUUGUGGCCCGUGGCCGGAGACAGAGGCGACUCUGCCAGGCUGCCGGUCCUCCCCCACUCCCCCUGUGCCCGGGGGCCCCCACCUGUGUCCGCCACCCCUCUCUGUGCCCUACAGCCCAGACACGCACACCUGCCUGGACAGCGAGGCGGAGCGGAUCCAGCUGCACCCAGCCCGGCCCCCCGCGGGCGCCAUGGAGGGCGGGAUGCAGCUGCUGAGCCGGGACGGGCACAGCGUCUCUCACAGCGCCAAACGGCACUACCACGACGCCUUCGUGUGCAUGAGCCGCAUGCGGCAGCGUGGGCAGCUGUGCGACAUCGUGCUGCACGUGGCCACCAAGGAGAUCAAGGCCCACAAAGUGGUGCUGGCCUCCUGCAGCCCCUACUUCCACGCCAUGUUCACAAACGAGAUGAGCGAGAGCCGCCAGACCCACGUCACCCUGCAUGACAUCGACCCCCAGGCCCUGGAGCAGCUGGUGCAGUACGCGUACACGGCCGAGAUCGUCGUGGGCGAAGGCAAUGUGCAGACUCUGCUCCCGGCUGCCAGCCUCCUGCAGCUGAAUGGGGUGCGCGAUGCCUGCUGCAAAUUCCUGCUGAGCCAGCUGGACCCCUCCAACUGCCUGGGGAUCCGCAGCUUCGCCGACACCCACUCCUGCGGCGAGCUGCUCAAGGCCGCGCACAAGUACGUGCUGCAGCACUUCGUGGACGUGGCCAAGACCGAGGAAUUCAUGCUGCUGCCGCUCAAGCAGGUGCUGGACCUCAUCUCCAGCGACAGCCUCAACGUGCCAUCCGAAGAGGAGGUGUACCGAGCGGCCCUAAGUUGGGUCCGGCACGACGUGGACGGUCGGAGGCAACACGUGCCAAGGCUGAUGAAGUGCGUGCGGCUGCCCCUGUUGAGCCGGGACUUCCUGCUGAGCCACGUGGACAGCGAGGCACUGGUGCGGCACCACUCGGACUGCAAGGACCUCCUCAUCGAGGCCCUCAAGUUCCACCUGCUGCCAGAGCAGCGCGGGGUCCUGGGGAACAGCCGCACCCGGCCGCGCCGCUGCGAGGGAGCCAGCCCUGUGCUCUUCGCCGUGGGUGGCGGAAGCCUGUUCGCCAUCCACGGGGACUGUGAGGCAUAUGACACGCGAACUGACCGCUGGCACAUGGUGGCCUCCAUGUCCACCCGCCGGGCCCGCGUAGGUGUCGCCGCCAUAGGGAACAAGCUCUACGCCGUGGGCGGCUAUGACGGGACGUCUGACCUGGCCACGGUCGAGUGCUAUGAUCCAGUCACCAACUCUUGGCAGCCCGAGGUGGCCAUGGGCACGAGACGCAGCUGCCUGGGGGUGGCGGCUCUCCACGGGCUGCUCUACGCCGCUGGGGGCUACGAUGGGGCCUCCUGUCUCAACAGCGCUGAGCGGUACGACCCCCUGACAGGCACUUGGACAUCCAUCGCUGCCAUGAGCACCAGGAGAAGAUACGUCCGUGUGGCCACACUGGAUGGAAACCUGUACGCGGUCGGAGGCUAUGACAGCUCUUCCCACCUGGCCACCGUGGAGAAAUACGAACCCCAGGGGAACACAUGGGCACCCAUCGCCAACAUGCUGAGCCGCCGCAGCAGCGCUGGCGUGGCGGUCCUGGAGGGGGCUCUCUAUGUGGCCGGGGGCAAUGACGGGACCAGCUGCCUCAACUCCGUGGAGCGCUACAGCCCCAAGGCUAACACCUGGGAGAGUGUGGCCCCCAUGAACAUCCGCAGGAGCACCCAUGACCUGGUAGCCAUGGAUGGAUGGCUGUAUGCUGUGGGAGGGAACGACGGGAGCUCCAGCCUCAACUCCAUCGAGAAGUACAACCCACGGACCAACAAGUGGGCAGCUGCUUCCUGCAUGUUCACCCGGCGCAGCAGCGUCGGGGUGGCCGUGCUCGAGCUGCUCAACUUCCCACCCCCGUCCUCCCCGACCCUCUCCGUCUCCUCGACCAGCCUUUGACCCAGGACCCCGGCGCCCCCGCCGGCCAGAUCCCCAGGCCAGCCGCUCCCUGUAGGGGGGCAGGGGCGCCACCCCCACCAACCCACCCUUCCCCUGCCUCCGGGCAGGGAGCUGGGGACGGUACUGGGACCCCGGCCUCCCUCUCCCUUUCCCCAGAUCCCCCUGGCCCUGACCACCCCCAUGCUGCUUCCAUGACCCACCCCGGGCCCUACUCUGCAAUGGCCUAGGCAGGAGAGGACCCCUCCCCCCAAACACCCUUCUCCCCUCGGCCCGAAGAGAGAGAGCCGUCCAAGGUCAGCAUCCGGGGUCAGCACCAGCUCCUUAAGCCUUAACCGUCACCCCUAGGAGGACAGGACAGAGCCCAAUCCCGACCCAAGCUCCAAGACCAGUUGGUCAAUGCCCUAGACAAACCAUGGACUUGGGGUCCCCAGGCCCAUGGAGGGGCUGCACCUCUCACCAACCUGCAGGGCUCUGAGAAGACCCAUUCAUCACCUGCGACCUUGCUCGAGGGGAGGCGGGAAUCUGGGGCUAACAUCCCAGCUCCAGGUCUCCAGGAGGUGAUGUGUCUGUCCCGCAUCUGUCUGUCCACCGAUUUGUUUAUUUAUUCGUGUCACCUUAUAGUGUGUCCCUCCACAGACUGACACUAGACAUGUCAACCCUCCCGCUUCCCUUCUUCCCCUCACCCGCUGUCCGGUGGACCGGUUAGUAAUUGGGAAGGCGGCUGUGUCGUGUGAGGGUCAGACAGACCCACCCCCGCCCCAGGGUUGGGGCAGGAAUGUGAUAUGACAGGGAGGUAGGGACAGGGCCUGAAAUGCACAGAAAAGAAUCAUCCGAUUGCAGAAGUGACUGUUGGGUACUGUGUCCCCCGCUCCCCUCCAGCUCUUCUACUGGUGGGGGCGGGGGGUCUCUCAGGGGCUGGAGGUGAAGAAGUCAGGGAACAGGUGUCUUCCUCCAUCCAUCUGUCCCGUCGGCACCUUCCUGUGCCACGUGAUAUCUGUUUGCUCAGAGUGUCCUGAAUUUACACUAUACAGUGCACACACCCAUGAACAGAUGGUGCGGACCGCACACCUAAUGUAUACGUGACACAUAUACACAACCUACCAGAUGCACACUGUGCCCGCAGGACACAUGUGCCCCCAGCUGCUUCCACAAAACAAGCACACUCGCAUGCACGCACACAACUACACACACACACACCCUAGGCGCCUGUGGGAGACACCCACAGUCACCCCAACCCCAAACUGCCCACGGGCACACCUAGUGCGAUCCUCCCCACAGCAAUAUGAGCCAACCUGUACAAUAAACAUGUUUUCUUGCA